AUGCCUCAGAAGCGGCCGGCUGGCUGCAUCCUUCUCCUUACAUUCCUGGGUCUGUCUGGGAUGGUUGACGCAGUCACCAGAACAUACCACAUUGGGAUUGUGGAAGAAUACUGGAACUAUGUACCCCAAGGAAAGAAUGUUAUUACUGGGAAAAGUUUCGCAGAAGACAAACUUGCAACCUUAUUUCUCGAAAGAGGACCCAACAGGAUAGGCGGUAUUUACAAAAAGCCUGUUUACAGACACUACACAGAUGAGACCUAUUCCACAGAGAUCCCCAAACCUCCCUGGCUUGGAUUCUUGGGCCCUAUCUUGAGAGCUGAAGUGGGUGAUGUGAUUGUCAUCCAUUUAAAGAACUUUGCUUCCCGACCCUACUCCUUGCACCACGGUGUUUUCUACAACAAAGAUUCGGAAGGAGCCCUGUACCCAGAUGGAACAUAUGGAAGGAAGAAGGAUGAUGACAAUGUUCCUCCUGGCAAAAACUAUACCUAUGUCUGGCCAGUGAGAGAAGAAUAUGCUUCUGCCCCAGCAGAUGCAAAUUGACUGACCUGAGUGUACCAUUCGCACAUCGAUGCCCCUAAGGACAUCUGCUCUGGGCUAAUUGGCCCACUGCUGGUGUGCAAAGAGGGUACCCUGCAUAAAUAUUCAGGGACAAGGACUAAUGUGGAUCAAGAGUUUGUUAUAAUGUUUACUCUUGUGGAUGAGAAUCAAAGCUGGUACCUUGAGGAAAAUAUCAGACAUUUCUGCACUGACCCUGAUUCAGUUGACAAAGAAGAUGCUGUUUUCCAGAGGAGUAACAAAAUGCAUGCGCUCAAUGGAUACCUCUUUGGAAACUUCCCCGAGCCUGAUAUGUGUGUUGGUGAAUCGGUGUCCUGGCACCUAUUUGGAAUGGGGAAUGAGAUAGAUAUCCAUUCCAUCUAUUUUUAUGGUAACACCUUCAUCAGCAGAGGCCAUCGGACUGAUGUCGUCAACCUCUUCCCAGCCACCUUCCUGACAACAGAAAUGAUAGUUGAGAAUCCUGGGAAGUGGAUGAUAACCUGCCAAGUCAGUGAUCACUUUCAAGCUGGCAUGCUGGGGCAAUACAAUGUUGGUAACUGCAAAAGUGGUAUUUUUCACCCCAAGGUGAAGGGCCAACAGAGGCGCUACUUUAUAGCAGCUGAAAAAAUUCUUUGGGAUUAUGGUCCUCAAGGCUAUAAUAAAUUCAGUGGUCUUCCCCUAAAUGCCUCUGGCAGUGACUCUGAGCUCUACUUCACACAAGGGGACAACAGAAUAGGAGGAAAAUAUUGGAAGGCUCAGUAUAUAGAGUAUGUUGAUGCAACUUUUACUCGAAGAAAAAGACUCUCUGAGGCAGAAGCCCACCUUGGAAUUCUUGGUCCCAUCAUCAAGGCAGAGGUGGGUGAUACUCUGUUAGUGACCUUUGCUAACAAAGCCGACAAGGUCUACAGUAUUUUGCCCCAAGGUGUGAUCUAUGACAAGGCCUCUGAUGCAGCCCCAAAUGUAGAUGGAUUUCUGAAGCCAGGGGCACACGUUAAGCCAGGUGAAACUUUCACAUACAGGUGGACGGUGCCUGAAAGCAUAAGCCCAACAGCUGAUGAUCCCCCCUGUCUGACCUAUCUUUACUUCUCAGCUGUUGAGCCAAUCAAGGACACCAGCUCUGGCCUUGUAGGGCCUUUGGUAGUCUGUAAAAAGGGCAUUCUCAAUGCUGAUGGGACACAGAAAGGAACAGACAAGGAAUUUUACCUAUUAUUCACAGUCUUUGAUGAGAAUCUGAGCAGGUAUCUUGAUGAAAAUAUUCAGAAGUUUACCUGGUGUCCCUUCAGCGUUGACAAGAAGGACAAAGAGUUUGUGAAGUCCAACCGAAUGCAUGGCAUCUGCAGGGUGUUUUGCUCCACCCUGUACCACUUCACGAGAGGCAUGAAUCUAAUAUAUGAGGUCAGCAGCUGCGGCAACAAGGACCCUUCUGAACAGCCGUACGGGAUGAUAAGAACCUUUUACAUCGCCGCUGAAGGUAACAAAAACUGGGAGUUCGAAAAGCAGCACUCGGACGGAGGAUGGGAAAGACAUGGAGAUAUAUUUAUGAACCACACUGAAAACUGGAUUGGCUCUCAGUACAAGAAAGUGGUUUACAGGGAAUACACCAAUGGAGAAUUUGUGGAGAUCAAAGCCCAACCGCCAGGAGAGGAGCACUUGGCACUCCUGGGCCCAAUGAUUCAUGCUGAGGUGGGUGACUCCAUCCUGAUCAUAUUUAUGAACAAGGCCAGUCGGCCCUCCUCCAUCUCAGCGCACGGAGUGGAGGACGUGGAGAGUGGGAAGGGACCCCCAGUGCCUGUCACAAAGCCAGAAAUAAAAACUUACAGAUGGAAUGUCCCCAAAAGGUCCGGUCCAGGGCCAUCUGACCCAAAUUGUAUUCCAUGGGUUUACUAUUCAACAGUAAACUUUGUGAAGGAUACCUAUAGUGGUUUGAUGGGUCCUCUGAUUACAUGCAGGGAAGGAGUGUUGAAUGAAAAGGGAAGAAGAAGCGACGUUGACUAUGAAUUUGUUCUCUUGUUUUUGGUAUUUAAUGAGAAUGAAUCCUGGUAUCUGGAUGACAAUAUUAAGAAGUAUCUUAAUAAAGAUCCACGAGAUUUUAAACCCUCUGAUGAUUUUGAGGAGAGCAACAAAAUGCAUGCUAUUAAUGGAAAGAUUUUUGGGAAUCUCCAUGGCCUCAUCAUGAAUGAAAAUACAAUGACAAACUGGUAUCUGUUAGGAAUAGGAAGUGAAGUGGACAUACACACCAUUCAUUAUCAUGCUGAGAGCUUUCUUUUCAAGAUAGAUAAAGCUUACCAAGAAGAUGUACAUGACCUCUUUCCUGGGACAUUCCAAACCAUUGAACUGUUUGUGGAUCACCCAGGGACAUGGUUAUUACAUUGUCAUGUAUCUGACCACAUCCAUGCUGGCAUGGAGACAACCUACACAGUCCUUCGAAACAUCGACAACAGGAUUCCUUACUCCACCAAGCCUCCUUCUGGAGGAGCGUCCCACCUGGCCACAGCGCCCUCUAAUGAAGAACCUGGCAAGGAGCAGCUCUACUUCUUCGGCAAGAAUCUGGGUCCCAGAGGAGCCAAAGCAGCCUUGGUCAUCCUUUUCAUCAUCGGACUCCUCCUUCUUAUUGUCACGGUGAUUCUCUCCCUGACACUGUGCUCUGCCAGGAAGCGGGUGGCGUAUCAGGAAGUCCAGUCCUGUGCGCUCCCCGCGGAUGUUCUGUGA